ACAGCGGACACACCAAACCAAUGUGAGACGCUGACAUUUAACGCAGGCCGCCGCCCCCUUCUCGCUCACUCUGCGCUGCGAGCCGCGUUCCGUGGACUGACCGCGACAGCUGCGGAUGUGCUCUUCACCCCCGUGAAGCUUGGACGAAAACCGAAGCCAUGCCGCUGGCUCGCAGCCUGUCCGUCACGUCGCUGUCGGGACUGGAGGAGUGGGACGAGGAGUUUGAUUUGGAGGAUGCCGUCCUGUUUGAAAUCGCCUGGGAGGUCGCCAACAAAGUUGGAGGCAUCUACACUGUGAUCCAGACCAAAGCGCGUCUGACCGCCGAGGAAUGGGGCGAGAACUAUUUCCUGGUGGGUCCCUACGUGGAAAGCAACGUGCGCACGCAGGUGGAGCUGAUCGAGCCCACCAACCCUACGCUGAGAAGGACCAUUGACAAAAUGAACGCCAGCGGGUGUAAGGUCUACUUUGGCCGCUGGCUGAUUGAAGGCAGCCCCUAUGUCGUCCUGAUCGACGUUGCGUUCACCGCCUGGUCUCUGGACCGCUGGAAGGCCGAGCUGUGGGACCUGUGUGACAUCGGAGUGCCGUGGUUUGACCGCGAGGCCAACGAUGCCGUGCUGUUUGGCUUCCUGACGGCGUGGCUCCUGGGAGAGUUCGCCGCCCAGAGCGAGGAGCCCCCCCACAUCGUGGCCCACUUCCACGAGUGGCUGGCCGGUUUGGGUCUGGUGCUGUGCAGACACCGACAGCUGCCCAUCGCCACCAUCUUCACCACUCACGCCACGCUGCUGGGGCGCUACCUGUGCGCCGGGAACGUGGACUUCUACAACAACCUUGCAGAGUUCAACGUUGAUAAGGAGGCCGGCGACCGGCAGAUCUACCACCGGUACUGUCUGGAGCGGGCGGCCGCUCACUGCGCCCACGUCUUCACCACGGUGUCGCAGAUCACAGCCAUCGAGGCGGAGCACCUGCUGAAGAGGAAACCAGAUAUCGUGACUCCAAAUGGGCUCAACGUGAAGAAGUUCCAGGCCGUGCACGAGUUCCAAAACCUUCACGCUCAGAGCAAAAACCGCAUUCAGGAGUUUGUCAGGGGCCAUUUCUACGGAAAUCUGGACUUCAACCUGGACAAGUGUCUGUUCCUCUUCAUAGCAGGAAGGUACGAGUUUUCCAACAAAGGAGCCGACAUCUUCUUGGAGGCUUUAGCCAGACUGAACUAUCUUCUGAGGGUCAACCACAGCGACGUGACGGUCAUUGCGUUCUUCAUCAUGCCGGCUCGGACAAAUAACUUCAAUGUGGAAACAUUAAAGGGCCAAGCCGUCCGGAAGCAGCUGUGGGAUACUGCCCAGACCGUGAAGGAACGCUUCGGCAAGAAACUCUAUGAGUCACUUCUCGUCGGGCAGCUACCGGACGUGUCCAAGAUACUGGACAAAGAGGACUUCACCAUCAUGAAGCGCGCUAUCUUCGCCACUCAGAGACAGUGUCAGCCUCCCAUCUGCACCCACAACAUGCUGGAGGACAGCAGCGACCCCAUCCUCAACUGCGUCCGCCGCAUCGGCCUUUUCAACAGCUCUGCUGACCGGGUCAAGAUUAUCUUCCAUCCAGAGUUUCUCUCGUCCACUUCCCCUCUACUUCCGAUGGACUAUGAGGAGUUUGUCCGAGGCUGCCACCUGGGCGUCUUCCCUUCCUACUACGAGCCUUGGGGCUACACGCCAGCCGAGUGCACCGUGAUGGGAAUCCCCUCGGUCUCCACCAACCUGUCGGGCUUCGGCUGUUUCAUGGAGGAGCACAUCGCCGACCCGUCGGCGUAUGGCAUUUACAUCCUGGACCGGCGGUAUCGGGGGGUGGACGAGUCGUGUAACCAGCUCACUUCCUUCCUCUUCCAAUUCUGCAAGCAGAGCCGCCGCCAGAGGAUCAUCCAGAGGAACCGGACUGAGCGCCUGAGUGACCUCUUGGACUGGAGAUACCUUGGGAGGUAUUACAUCGCGGCUCGUCACAUGGCUCUGGCUAAAGCCUUCCCUGAGACGUACCUGUACGAACCUCACGAUCCCACCUCGACUACAGGUUUCCGUUACCCGCGGCCGGCCUCCGUGCCGCCCUCGCCGGCUCUGUCCCGCCACUCCUCUCCGCACCACAGCGAGGCUGAAGACAACGAGGAAGACGAGCGCUACGACGAGGACCUGGAGGCCGAGAAGGACCGGGUGAACAUCCGCCAGCCCCACACGCUGGGGUUCAAAAACAAGGCGCCCGCCGCCCCGGCGGCCAGCGGGACCAGCAACGGCGCCGCCGCCACUGAGAAAAACUGAGCCGGACGAAGACGAACAAUACAGUCCAUGCUAAACCUCUCUAGUCAGUCUUUAACUGUGGCGAUAUAGUUAGUGAUCCACGUAUCUGCAAACGUGACAAAUGAGAGCAGCUGUGUGAACGUGUGUAACAAAUUAAAAGAUUGGCAUGUAGUAAUCAAAGCAGUCUGCAUUACUGUGUCUUCCCAACCUCUGCGUACCUCAGAAUUUCUAAAAAAAAAAAAAAAAAAAAAACCUUUCAGUUUUGAUAUGUUUUGGUAUCGUUCGGUUACACCAGCAGUCCAGAGCAGGAAUCAGUGGAGCAGUUUGAGAUG